AUGAAGCCCCAAAGGAUUCCUCAGAGCACAAAAGAUCCACUUUGCUUUGGAGUCCUGGGUGUGUUUCUGUGAUAGCUGCCCCUGAGAAUGCCUUCUGCCAGGCUGCUGCCACCAGCACCCUGAGCCUCUGAGGAUGGAGGAAGUACCAAGAGGGCCGCCUCUGCCUGUCUCAGCAUCCUAGAGGGAUGCUGUAGGGAAGGAGGCAGUGUUCCAUAUAUUUGAGGCCCGAUUCAUUUAGGGCUUUAAACACCAACUUAAUCACCUUGAACUGGGCCCAGGAACAAACCUACAACCGAUGCAGCUGUUUUAAAACAGUGGUGAUACGAGAUCUAAAUGGAGCCCUAGCUGUUAAUUUGGCUGCUGCAUUUCUCAACCAACUGAUGUCUCCAAGUUGUCUUCGAGGGCAGUCCCCUUUACAGCGUGUUGUAGUAAUAAUCCAACCUGAAAGUAACUGGAGCAUGCAGUACAGUGGCCAGAUCAUCUCCGUCCAAAAGGGAUCUGCAUCCAAUCUAUCACUGCCUCCAUGCAUGGAUCUAACACCUCAACCACCUCUCCUGAUUCAGAUGGAACAGAGAAAGAGCAGGGUGCCAUCAGCUCCUGGAGGUCCACGGCCCCACCCUUUGCCUCCCCCCCCCCCAUUUUUUGUCAUAUUUGCAUGGCAAUAUCACAAAUUUUAUGGUCUUUUUGUUCAUUUUUAGCAUACUUAAAAUCCUUUGCUUAUUAGGGGCUACCCCACAUUUUGUUCAAAAAAUUGCUUUGUAGAGGUAAUUGCCAUAGAGUUAUCAAAAUUUUCAAAAGUACGGGGUCCGUAGCUUGGCUUUUGAAAAAUAGGGGGCCCUCAGUAAUUAGCUAAUUGGGAACCACUGAUAUAGAUGAGAAAUGACACAGGGGGAUAAGAUUGAACCCUGUGAGACACCCCAAGACAACUCCCAUGUUGCUGAAUGGUAGCCUUUUAUGAUGAUUACAUUCUGGAAUUGAGAUACUUUCCCAACCAAGUAUUUGUGCACAUUGAACUGGUUUUUUUCUUUUGACUUGUAAGUGUCAUAGCUACAAGUUUUAGGCAUUGUUUCUGUAAACGUGGGUGUGCCUUUAUUUUGAUUGUGUUGUAGAACAUACAUGAGUAAUAAGUGCCCUGUAUAAUAUUUCACAAGAUAAUAAAUAACUCAUGCUCAAGCUACACCCACCUGAAGGCAAAUAUGUCAGUUAAGGUUCCAUGGAAUGCCUUUAGACAUUGUACACUUAGGUAAAAAGGUAAAAGGAAAAGAACCCCUGGAUGGUUAAGUCCAGUCAAAGGUGACUAUAGGGUUGCAGGACUCAUCUCACUUUCAGGUUGAGGAAGCGGGCAUUUGUCCACAUACAGCUUUCUGGGUCAUGUGGCCAGCAUGACUAAACUGCUUCUGGCACAACGGAACACCAUGAUGGACACCAGAGUGCACGGAAACGCGGGACCUAUUUAUCUACUUGCACUGAUGUGCUUUUGAACUGCUAGGUUGGCAGGAGCUGAGACAAAGCAACGGGAGCUCACCCCGUCAUGGGGAUUCGAACCACCAACCUUCCAAUUGGCAAGCCCAAGAGGCUUGGUGGUUUAGACCACAGCACCACCUGUGUCCCUGGGAUUGUACAUUCAAUGAUGUGCCAUAACUUCAAUCCCUCAUUGACAUCUGCUUCCACCUACAUCGAUUUUGCAGAAAGCAACAAAACCAGAGUUUUUUUCUUUUUAAAAUCUGUCCCCCGCCCCCCAGGCCUUCACAUCUUUAAGCUAAACCAUGGCUUACUACUGCAUAGCAGGGCAACAGAAGGAUCUCUGGAGGAGUGCUGUGAUCUCUCUGGGAGUGCACACAUUUGCUGAUUCAUGCUAAGUCAUGGUUUGGCUAAGUGUUAUGUGCCAACCAGGUCUUAGGUGCCAAUUCUGUGCAGUUACUUAGGCCCAAGUCCCAUGGAGCACAUUGGGGGCUUACUUCUAAAAAGGUAAGUUUAGGACUGUGCUCUCAAAAACCCCAAAUAUUUUAGCUCGCUCUACUCAAAUAAUUAUUUGAUAUUAAGGAGUUAAAGGCAGAGGAGCUUAUUCUGGCACUGAAAAGCAAUUUCCUCCUAUCCUUUUAUAGUCUGCAAACAAAGGAUUGUUUUUUCAUGGCUCCGAGUUUAUGAGGAGAGUUUGAGAUUCCCACGCAUGCAUAUCUAGUUGCAUUUAGUUAAAGGUCCUCAGUUUGCAGUUGUAAUUUGUUUUGUGGAAACAAGGUAAGUGGGGCGAGGCUGAAAUUGCUUUUGAAUUGAGAAGCUUCAUCCCUUGGCCUUCCAAUGCCAUUAAAACCCAAGAAGAUAAACGCCAGUUCAUUAGAUGUGGCUGUGGUGAAAAGCGUGCUCUCUGCAUAUGCUCUGAAACAUUCUUAACAUUCCAUUGAAAUUUAUAGAGAACUGAACCCUGGUAUUCAAAGCAGUCUCUGCAGAUGGUGUGUGCAAAGGUAAAGAAAGAAAGAAACCCAGCUUCGAAAGCCCUUCCUAUUGGCCGAUGAGUUGCAAAUGACUGUGCGCGGUGGGGGUGUUCGCUAAAAUGAUUUCAAACUUCACCAUAAAGUAUCCUGGACCUGCAAUCCCAGUUCUCUCUCUAUUUCAGAGAAUUAGACAAACACAUUUUGAUGGCCUGCACAAACCCCCAAGCAACUGCUGUCAUAUAUUAUUAGUGGUUGUUUCACAAGAUCAGCCCUCAGAUAUAAUAUUUCCCCUGGUAAUAGGAAUUGUAAUUGAUUGCAUGUUUGCUUCCUAUAUUCUAAAUAUAUAUAUAUAUAUAUAUAUAUAUAUAUAUAUAUGAAUGAGAACCAUCACCUCCCAUCCGCAAGCACAUCUGCUUGGACAUAGUUGAAUACCAUCCCUAUGGGAAAGGGCCAUAGCUCAGUAGUAGGUAAUCUGCCUUGCAUGCAGAACAUCCCAGGACUAGGUAUAGGGCUGCCAUAACUGGGAUUUGGCCAUCGCAAACAGUGUCUGGGCAGAAAUCACUUUAAAAACAAACAAACAAACAGAAAAGUCUGGGGAAAUCUGGAAGCAUUGCAACCCAUGUCGGAAGUGUAGAUUUUGCAGAAUUUAUUUAAGAAUAGCUUAAAAACUUCAAUUUUAUUUUAUUUUUGGAGAUUUUGCAAAAAAAACACACCCAAAAAGUUCAAUAACUUUGGGCAAAACUUUAAAAAAAAAUCUCAAUAACUUUGCCACCCCCCCACCCCCACCCCCCAAAAAAAUAUACCUGGAGAGCCAUUGCCGCUCAGUGUAGACAAUACUGAACUAGGUGGCCUGAUUCAUAGAAUUGUAGAGCUGGAACGGAGCCCGAGGGUCAUCUAGUCCAACCCCCUGCAAUUCAGGAAUCAAAUCUGAACCAGGAUUCAGUAUAAAACAGCUUCUUAUGCUCAUGGGGUUACGCACGUACAUCUCCAAACAACAACAAGGGACGGCGGCUAAGCAAGAGAAUCACCGCACUGACAGCGCUUGGCUCAUGAACUCCGGGCAAAGUGCCGCUCGUCCCUCGCUCUCGAGCACGGAAACUUCGGGCGUGCUGCCGGUUGUCCACGCUUGCGCGCUCCCGCAGCGGAGGGGCCUCUGGGAGACCGAGUAGCUCGCCGUCAGUGGGGGAGGGGGAGCGUCCUAGGCAAUCCUCACGCUGUGCGCCCUUGGAGGAGGAAGGUCAGUCUGGGGCGCUGCGCUGUGCGCUCCGUUGCAGCAGGGGGGAAUCUUUUGCCUUUGCUGCAUCUUCCCUCUGAGUUACAAUUUGGCGUUGGAGGAGUAGGAACUAUGGAUUCCGCCCACAUUCCGCCCCAUUGCAAUGGUCUAUGGCUGCCUGGUUGGUGCAAAUGUGGGGCGAUCAAGCCAAAGUGGUGGAUUUGCUUCCUAUAUGGGGGAAAGAGAUACCCUACUUUUCAGGUGCAUCGGGGCACCUUGCUGCUUUGGGCACGCUGCCCUCGCUGCAGGAAGCACCCGAUCAUCGCGGAGGUUGUGCCGCCGGCUAGACUCAGCCGGUGUCCUCCCAUUGCCCGGCCUGUUUAUUAUUAGCCCAUCUAAAGGCCGCGAGUUACAGUUCUGCCGCCGCCGGGAUACAGUUGCUCUCUGUUUCCUUACUGGGUGCUACAUUGUUUUAGACUCCAGAUCAGGCAUAGGCAAACUCGGCCCUCCAGAUGUUUUGAGACUACAAUUCCCAUCAUCUCUGACCACUGGUCCCGUUAGCUAGGGAUGAUGGGAGUUGUAGUCCUAAAACAUCUGGAGGGCCGAGUUUGCCUAUGCCUGUUCUAGAGGCUGGUGGAUGCUCAGAGCCCCUGAACAGCAGCAUGGCAGGUGGAUGUUCAACAGGCGCAGCAGGGUGUGGAAGGGGUUAGCUUCCCCCCUGCCACACAACUUGUUUCAAGGCGCUUUCUGGUGGUUCACCUAAUGCCAGCUGUUUUGCUGAGGUCCUUGCACCUGUUUGCUGGUUCUGACCCAUAAAAGCGCUUAGAAUCAUAGAAUUGUAGCGUUGGAAGGGACCCCAAGGGUCAUCUAGUCCAACCCCCGGCAAUGCAGGAUUCUCAGCUAAAGUAUCCAUGACAAGAUGACCAACAAACAUCUGCUUUAAAACCUCCAAGGAAGGAGAGUUCACAACCUCCCAAGGGUGUCCCUUCCACUGUCAAACAGCUCUUGUUAUCAGAAAGUUUUUCCUGAUGUUUAGUCGGAAUCUCCUUUCUUGUAAACUUGAAGCCCCUGGUUCUUUUUGCAUCUUGAAGCAAGAGUGCCUUUUUCUGGAUUACUUAACACAGAAUAGUCAUGCUUGUCACCUUCGUAUAUUUUAAAUGUGACUGCAGGGAUUCUAGACUGCAACAAGAAGAAUGGUCAACCCACCCAGAAUGAAUUAAGGAGAUAGCUCAGUCUGUAGAGCAUGAAAUCUCAAGGAUCGUGGGUUCGAGUCCCACAUUGGGCAAAAGGUUCAUGCAUUGCAGGGGGUUAGAUUAGAUGACCCUCAGGGUCUCUUCCAACUCUGAUUAUUAGCUCCUUUCUUGCUGUGUGGUGGUCCCCUCUGGUGCCUUUCCCCUGACAUAAAAUUUUAAUUUAAAAUACAGUGGUACCUCGGGUUAAGUACUUAAUUCGUUCCGGAGGUCUGUUCUUAACCUGAAACUGUUCUUAACCUGAAGCACCACUUUAGCUAAUGGGGACUCCCACUGCUGCUGUACCGCUGGAGCACGAUUUCUGUUCUCAUCCGGAAGCAAAGUUCUUAACCUGAAGCACUAUUUCUGGGUUAGCGGAGUCUGUAACCUGAAGCAUAUGUAACCUGAAGUGUAUGUAACCCAAGGUACCACUGUAGAUGGAUGUGUGCUUUUUUAGACUCGGAUUUCCCCUGCAGAUUUAUGAACUGUAGUCAGGGGUAGAUAAGCUACUGUUGUUUCAUGACCUUCACUUCCCCUGUGGUGGGACUCAUUCAUUGGUACCAUUUUGUUCCCACCCACCUUCCAAGGACAUCGAAACAGAGCUCUUGCCUCAACAAAUCUGUGUUCUGCUGUGUCAAAGUGUUGUGUUGGGAAGGUCACUUUCCCUAACAUGGUAAGAUCUGUCUUACAAUGGAACUGACUGCAAAGAGGUAAUGGUGGAGUCUCCCUUCCUGGAGGUCUUGAAGCAGAGGCUAGGAAGCCCUCUGAAUUGAACUAAGCAGGCCACCAGGCACCCUCCAAUUCUCUGAUUUAGGCAUCAUCACCAGUAGGGGAUGGCAUGGUAGGGAUGCUACCAUGGUAGGACACUCACCUGACCUCUCUCUGGCUGCAUCACGGCUGCAUACCUGGACAGAAAGGGGGAGAGGAGAGGAGCAGCGAUGGUGGCGAGAUCAGUGCAGUGCAAAUGCACCGGUGGAGCCAAGCCAAUACUCCUGCUGCCAUGUUUGCACUGCACUGGCCUUGUUGACAUGCCUUGUUGACAUGUCAUGGUGAUACUUGGUAGUUCUUAAAUUUGCAAGUGAAAUCCAAGUGUAAAACAGGUAUAUGCAAACAUUUCAGGGCAUGGAAUGUGUACCUUUUUAUCCUGUUGCCCUUGUCCCCCCCCUUCAGCCUCCUCUGCACAGCAUCACCUCCAAUAGAGGAGAAGCAUUAAGAUAA